AGUGCUUUCAUAAGUUGAAUGUGCUUUAGUCAAUUGCAGUUUUCAGUUUUGUCUGAAUAUUGCUUUGUUUUAUUGUGUUUGUAGUAUGAUUUACUAUUAUUAAAUUUUAACCUGAAUUAAAAAAGAAGCGCACGGCUAUGGAACACGUCUUGUCGUAUGCCCCCCGGGGAUAUUUACGGUCCACAUUCCGUGAUAAGAUAACCAGAAUAUUGCGUUGCUUUGCUCUUUGACUUAUUUUGUACUCUGCAAAACCAGCUCCGGUUCGACGAUAUAAUAUGACGAGCGGUACCCGUCAGUAACUACACCGGAGUUGCGCACAACGCACCACAAAAUGGACAUUAAAAAAGUACUGAUCGCCGAUGCAGUGGACUCUGCUUGCAUUCAGCUUCUGAAGGAACAUUCCGUCCAAGUCGACUGUAAAUAUAAAUUAUCAAAAGAAGAAUUAAUCGACUUAGUUAAGCACUAUGAUGGGGUUAUCGUGCGAUCUGAUACAAAAAUUACUGCAGAAAUCAUUUCGGCCGCGGCUGGAAAAAGGUUAAAAGUGAUCGGCAGAGCUGGAGUUGGAGUGGACAACAUCGACGUCAAUUCCGCUACAGAAAAUAACGUCAUUGUGCUAAAUGCCCCAUCAGGAAAUGCUAUUAGCGCCUGCGAACUAACUUGCGCUUUGAUCACGAAUCUCGCUAGAAAUGUUUCUGCCGCCAAUUUAUCUCUCAAAAGCGGAAAAUGGGACCGAAAACUAUAUGCGGGGCGCGAACUCUCCGGCAAAACCUUAGCCAUUGUAGGAUUGGGAAGAAUCGGGAGGGAAGUGGCUCUCCGAAUGCAAUCUUGGGGAAUGAAGACGAUAGGUUACGAUCCAUUGGUCUCUGCAGAGGACGCCAAAAAGUUCAACGUUGAAUUUUUGCCCUUAGAAAAAAUAUGGACGCUUGCAGAUUACAUAACCGUUCACACGCCUCUAAUUCCAGCCACCAGAAAUAUGAUAAACGAAAGCGUAUUUAAGAUCUGCAAAAAAGGUGUCAAAAUAGUAAACGUAGCGCGAGGUGGAAUUAUUAGUGAACCAGAUCUACUUGCCGCACUUAAGUCGGGACAGUGUGGAGGAGCGGCCCUAGAUGUGUUCGAAGAAGAGCCUCCUAAGAGUCCAGUCACUUUGGAAUUAAUUGCACAUGAAAAAGUAGUUGCCACCCCUCACCUUGGCGCAAGUACCGCUGAAGCUCAGAUACGAGUAGCAGUCGAAAUCGCUGAGCAAUUUAUCGCUCUAAAAGGGAUCAGUACAGAGUACACGGAAACACCCGGUAUAGUGAAUCGAAACGUGCUCGCUAAGCUUAACCUAUAGAUCAGUUAAUUAUUUAUUAAACUUGUACCCAGCGAUUAAAUAUAUCUUUAACAAAA